GUGCUGUAGAAAUCAUGAAUCUGAAGAGAUCCAAGCCACUGCAUCAUUCUAGGUCAAAGGUCAGAGCUUCAUGAUUCACCAGAUUCGGAAGAUGGUGGGUCUCGUUAUCGCCAUAGUGAGAGGGUUUGCCCCGGAGACGACGCUCAUUGAGGCUUUUCAAAAGGGGAAGGUCGAUAUUCCUAGAGCACCUGCAUUGGGACUACUUCUGGAGAAUGUGAGCCGUUCAUAUGUACUAUACCAACUUAAUCACUAUCAAAUUACUGGUGGAUGAUAUUCUACUAGUACUAGUGGCUCAAGAUAGAUUUAAGGUCGGAUUCAGAAGAUUGUGAAGGAAAAU